UCACAAAAAGUUCCAUGCCCUUCCACAAAGGAGACCCACCACAGCAAACCUCCCACUAACUCUCAAACUCUCCAUCACCUAGAAACAAUUUAAAAUCCUGACAAUCCCUCAUUCUCAAUACAAUAAGCAAAUAUAUGCUACAAGAACAAUCAUGCUGACGAAAAUUUAUCUUAUUUUUCUUCUGUUUUUCAAAUUCCACUCCCUGGUGUCUUGUAACUUCAUAAUAUCCAACAAUUGCCCGUAUACAAUCUGGCCUGGGACGCUGGCUGGCGCCGGAACAUCGCAAUUAUUGUCGACGGGAUUUAGGCUCGAUCCAAGUCAUUCGGCAAGGUUGGCAGCACCAUUAGGGUGGUCAGGCAGGAUAUGGGGGAGAACAGGGUGCGAGUUUGAUGGCAAUGGGGUCGGUUUUUGUGCAACAGGAGACUGCGGUGGCAAGUUGCAGUGCGCCGGGGCUGGUGCUGCACCUCCGACUACCCUGUUUGAGAUCACCCUUGGGACAGGACAACAAAUGGAUUUCUAUGAUGUUAGUCUUGUUGAUGGAUAUAAUUUGCCACUUUUUGCAGCGCCCAGGGUGCGAUAUGGAACAUGCAACUUUACCAGUUGUACGACCGACCUCAAUUCUGAUUGUCCGAAGGAGCUUCAGGUGGUCGAUGUUGAUGAGAACGGAGAAGGUGGAGUGGUAGCCUGCAGGAGUGCAUGUGAUGCAUUUGGACUUGAUCAAUAUUGCUGUAGCGGAAAAUUUGCUAGUCCAAGCACCUGCAAGCCAUCAAAUUACUCCAGCAUCUUCAAGAACGCAUGCCCCAAUGCCUACAGCUACGCUUUUGAUGACAGAACGAGUACUUUCACCUGCAAGGCACAAGAGUAUAUCAUUUUAUUCUGUCCCAACUAUAACAGAGGGAAAAGAUCAGAUGAUUCCUCAACAGUCCAACCAAUGCAUGGAGAACCAUCAGAAGUUAUCGAUAACGGAGAAGAACCUCAAGAAUAUGACACUGGUGAUGGAGAAGAACCUCCCGAAAUGAUCUCCUCGUCAAGCAUUAUUGAUACCUCUUUAUUCCUAAUCUUAUUCUUAGAAGCACUUUUCCAAUGAAGAUGAGUUCCAGCAACAUGGAAAACUAAAGAGAAGAUGUUGACUCUGAGAAUUAAAUAUCAAGAGAAAGAUGAGAAAGAGAAAGGGUAGCACUAAAGCGACUGAUAUGGAUGGAAGAAAAGGUCAUCAAUUCUAAAUGAGACUCAGUUUAACAAAAGAAAAACUCAUCAAUAUCAAACUUUUUUUA